GUACUAUGCGACAAACGACCGAAUAGUCAUCCUAUGGAAAAUGAUCGUGAAUAUGAUGAUUGAAUCUUGUGAAAGGUCCCUGGAUCCGAGCAACAUUUUUCAAGGGGACGUGGAAGAAAUCUUCAAGAAACUGAAUCUAACCGUCGAUGUUCUGCAAAAAGUGCAAGAUUCGUUUGAAUACGUUCGGGAAAACUUGUCAGCAUGCUACAGAGAACCCGCUGAAGGAGAAGAACCGGUUGUGCAGAAGCCAUGGGCUUUUCAUAGAAGGAACAUUUUCCAAAGAUUGAUCGACUAUGUUGGAAGAUUAAAAGUGAUUCGAAAUAUACUAGGGACGCAUUUGGAAUUCAGCAAACUGGAGAAAGUGGAAAUAGGCGGCAUCAAAGGAAGACAACUUUCAGCAAAGUGCGAACAUAUAUUCGAAGAGUUCAACAAACUUUACAACGUCUUCAAUAACAUACAGUAUGACGUUUUGGACUUGAACGAUCAGAAUAUCAUCAAAGAUUAUGAUGCUUUUAAUGAGAAAUGCAUCGACUUGGACCGUAGAUUGGCUGCUAUUUUCUCUCAGGCAUUCGAUGAUUGCUACAAUCUAGAGAGCGUCUUCAAACUGAUCAACGUCAUCGGAAAUCUAAUCAACAGACCACCAAUCAACAAAGAGAUCACCGUCAAGUUCCCGGUGAUCAUUGAGUUCUUCAACGAUGAGCUGGACACCGUAAAAAAAUUGUACGACGAUGGCAAGAAGUAUGGGCCACCUUUGCACAAAAAUUAUCCGCCAGUGUCUGGAACUCUGCUGUGGCUACAGACGAUGAAAAAUAGGAUAUGUAAUCCUCUGGAGGACUUUAAAAUUUUGGAGAAUGAUAUUGUGAAAACGGAAGAUGCCCAGCAUGCAUUUGAAAAGUCGGAACAGAUGGUCAGCAUUUUGGACAACGAAUUUGUUCAGGUUUUUAGAACAUGGUGCGACUACGUGCCAGGCCAAAUCGAAAUGAGCAUGUCCAAGCUCGAACUGAUCCAAACCGGCAACCAACUGAUCGCAUUGAACCUAGACAAAGAACUAGUGGCCAUUCUCCGUGAAGUACGUUACAUGAAACUUCUGGAGAUCGAAGACGUACCGCCAGAGGCUGUACAAUUGUUCGAGGAGAGCGAAAGCCUGGUUCACACUGUGAACGAGUUCAAGCGUAUCGUCGAGUGGUACAACUACUUAAGACUGGAGACGAACCAAUAUGAAAAGAACUUGAUUCAGCACGAUAUGGGGGAUAUAGAUCAGAUGCUUAAGGUGGUUACGGAGGAACGGACUUGGUAUCAAAAUGAUCCGACCAUAGUGCACAAUAUCUACGAGCAUGUGCAACAGUUGUACCAUCGUGUGAAGCAAGCUCAAACUAACAUCAGCAAAUCUUUGGCCAACAUCCAAACGUGGGUGGACCAACCGCUAUAUGAACGCAAGGACCAGAAGAAGGAGAAUCUGUUGAGCAUCGACGACAAAGGAGAACGUUGGCAAAGAAGAGCCGAUCUAAUUAUGGCUUGUAACGAGGACCUGAAGGCUAAGAUCAAAGAGAACUAUGAGCUGUUCUUCCAGGAACCUGUGGAGGAAGAGUCACCCCUGCCUCCUGAAGUUGAAGAAGAAUCUCCUCCACCCCCAGAACCAGAAGCGGACAAAAAAGGUAAAAAAGGGAAAGAUAAAAAAGGAAAGGAGAAAAAAGAGAAACUACCGAAGAAGAUAGAAUCCCAGAUAGUUCGGGAAGAGAGGGAAGUCAGAUUGCAAGCAGAGUUGGCGGAAAAGAAGCAGGCCAAGCUUUGCAUGUGGAGAGCUUAUUUGAGGGAUGUUGAGGAUAAAGUGAGGGUCCUGCUAGAGAAAGCAAUAACGAUAAGCUUACGCCUAAUAUUGGAUGAGACAGGCGAUUGUCCUCCAGUAACUCCCUUGUUUGAACUGCUCAUGGAGUUACACGAUCCCGAUAUUGUCUACGUUCCUUCAGCAGAUAUGCAAGACCCCAACAAUUUCUUGACCUUCGUAGAGUCCUUAAUAGAAGACAUGUUUUCUAUGACCAAACACGUAGAUCGCAUUGACCCUGAGGCGCAAGGACCCUUCUACGAACAAGCAAAGGAUAGCAGAGACCUGCUGGUCAUGAGCGAUGAAAUCAGCGUUAGAGUAGCAACCGCUAUGGAGAAGGCGUUAGAGUUUAUGAAGGAGUUUGAGGAGUACAUGUCACUAUGGUUGGAAGACAGGCAAGAAUACCUAAGACAGUUCUUGCAGUAUAGUCGACAAUUGACGAUAGAAGAGAUAAUGCAGAUGAAGGAUGAAGCUCAACCACCUAUCAAGGAAACACCUCCUACCAUACAGCAAUUUAAAGAACAGAUCGACACCUAUGAGGAUCUUUACAAGAAGGUUGAGAAAAUUCAGCCGGAAGAGAUAAUCAUGGAUUGGCUGAGACUGGAUGUGAAGCCACUUCGCCAGGCUAUAUUAAACAUCGCUUGCAAAUGGGGUAACUUGUUUAAACAGCAUCUGUACAACCACGUCAUUCAUAGUUUGGACGAACUGGAGAAUUUCAUUAAAGAAGCUAUUACCGCAAUGCAGGUGCCUCUAACUGAGAACGACUACGACGGCCUCCUUAAAGUUAUGGGUUACUUAUGGAAAGUGAAAGAACGCCAGAUAGAGACAGAUGCAAUGUUCGAUCCAUUGAAGCAGAUCAUGGAUCUGCUCAAAGAGUAUGGUGUCGAAUUUCCUGAGGACAUAUACGUCCAACUGCAAGAGAUACCCGAUAGGUGGAACCAAUGUAAAAAGAUUGCCACCGGCAAACAUAAUUACGGUGUUUUUGCUAAAACGAAAUCUUAA